AUCGUUGGCAACCGCGGCACAAGUCACACAUAAGUACGGAACCCCUGCUGGCCCGCUGCCUAUAAAGCCCCGCACCCCGCGCGUCGCUCCUUUCAACCCAACCAUCUCCACAGCGCGCCCGCGUCAAGUCAUACUCAAACAACGCCCCGCACACUUGGCCGACCGCGUGCCCCGCGAACAGUGCCUCACCUACAGAGUCAACAACGAUGGCCACUGCCACCGAGUCCCAGCAGCAUACGCAGGUGCAAGCGGCGGGCGGCCGCAAGGUGGUGGACGAGGUGUCCGGCUGGCUGCGCAUGCUGGACGACGGCAGCGUCGACCGCACGUGGACCGGCCCGCCGGAGGCCCUCCCGCUGAUGCAGCCCGUCCCACCCUACGCCGUCCCGCGCGACGGGCACACGCUCCACGAGCUCCCCGGGGAGCCCAACCUCCGGGUGUACCUCCCCGAGGUGCAGGGCGAGGGCGGCGCGCGCCUGCCCGUCAUCGUGCAGCUCCACGGCGGCGGCUUCUGCAUCUCGCACCCGUCGUGGCUCAUGUACCACCACUUCUACGCGCGCCUCGCGUGCGCCGUGCCCGCCGUGGUGGUCGCUGUCGAGCUCCCGCUCGCGCCAGAGCGCCGCCUGCCAGCGCACAUCGACACAGGCGUCGCCGCGCUCCGCCGGCUCCGCGCCAUAGCGCUGUCCGAGGACGGCGCCCUUGACGACCCGGCCGCAGAGCUCCUCCGCGAGGCUGCCGACGAGUCCCGGGUGUUCCUCAUCGGGGACAGCUCGGGCGGCAACCUAGUCCACCUCAUCGCCGCGCGCGUGGGCGAGGACAGCGACGGCAGCUGGGCGCCUCUCCGCGUCGCCGGCGGCAUCCCGAUCCAUCCCGGGUUCGUGCGCGCCACGCGGAGCCGGUCGGAGCUGGAGACCAAGGCGGACUCUGUGUUCUUCACGCUAGACAUGCUCGACAAGUUCCUGGCCCUGGCGCUGCCGGAGGGCGCGACCAAGGACCACCCGUUCACGUGCCCGAUGGGGCCGCAGGCGCCGCCGCUGGAGUCCGUGCCGCUGCCACCGCUGCUGGUGGUCGUGGCCGAGAAUGACCUCAUCCGCGACACCAACCUUGAGUACUGCGACGCGCUGAGCGCCGCCGGCAAGGAGGUGGAGGUGCUGGUCAACCGCGGCAUGAGCCACUCCUUCUACCUCAACAAGUACGCCGUCGACAUGGACGCCACCACCGGGGAGCGGGCUCGGGAGCUCAUAGACGCCAUCAGAAGCUUCGUCUCCCGCCACUGAAGUGCCAGAACAAAUCCGCACGUGCUGUGCCUGUCCGACACUCAGCUGGACGUACGUGUGCGUGUUACGCCCAUUAGUGUAGCCUUCGUCUUUGGGUUGGACCCUACUCGGUUCCUGUUAAUCGCUGUCUACUUCAAUAAUGAUGUGUUACUGCCAUUGGAUGGCACCCACAUACUCUAGCAUUCGUGCUGAUCACCGUUAUUGCCGUUGUAGGUGAUUAGUUUACCUGCACUUAGUAGUUUAUCCAUACUUGUGUAUCCAUUAGACAGCGCGUGCUUUGUAUUGUCCUCUGAUUAAAUUUCAGUUGUCACUAUAAAAGAUCCAUGCAUGGUUAGUAUGGCCUUCUAUAGAAAAAAGACGUUCUUUGCUUGUUA